AUGGGUAGCUUUCAAUCUAAAACCCAAUCGAACAGUAUGGCAAAGAAGGACUUCCUUAAAGUAGAUGGCGAGAAAAUCACCCUUCGAGGGGAAGAAGUGAUUUUGAAAGGUACCGCUAUAGGAGGAUGGAUGAAUAUGGAGAAUUUCAUCACUGGAUAUACGGGACAUGAACAUCAAGUCCGAGCUGCAUUGAAAGAUGUUCUAGGUGAUGAGAAAUACGAAUAUUUCUUUGAAAAGUUCCUCGAGUACUUUUUCGGCGAAGAUGAUGCUAAAUUCUUCGCUUCAUUGGGAAUGAACUGUAUCAGAAUCCCUGUGAAUUACCAUCAUUUUGAGGAUGAUAUGAAUCCAAGAGUAUUCAAGAAAGAAGGACUGAGACAUCUGGACAGAGUCGUUGAUAUUUGUGCUAAAUAUGGUAUAUAUACUAUUAUCGACUUACACGCUGCUCCAGGAGGUCAAAAUUUCGAUUGGCAUUCUGAUAAUCCGACUCAUAAAGCUCUAUUUUACGAUCAUAAAGAUUUCCAAGACCGUACAAUCAUUAUUUGGGAACAUUUAGCUCGACACUACAAGAAUAACACCUGGGUUGCGGGAUAUAACCCUUUGAAUGAACCUACGGAUGAGAAACAUGUUCGUCUAGUCGCGUUUUACGAUAGGAUUGAAAAAGCUAUCAGAGCCAUCGACGACGAUCACAUUUUGUUCCUUGACACAUUUGCAGCUGAUUUUAGUCAUUUCGGCGAACCUCUUCCCAACUGUGUGUAUGCAUGCCACGAUUAUUCAAACUAUGGAUUCCCAAGUGCACCUGAACCAUUCACUGGUACGAAAAAGCAAAUAGAAACACACAAAGAAGCCUUCAAGAGGAAGACAGAGUACAUGAGGACAAACAAAGGUCCAGUAUGGGUUGGUGAAUUUGGUCCAGUAUAUCAAAAUGCUUCUGAUGGUAAAGCGGACUGGGAAAAGAUCAAUGAUACUCGGUUCGAUGUCUUGAGUUUACAACUUGAUAUAUAUGACAAAGCUCGAGCAAGCUGGACUAUCUGGUUGUAUAAAGAUGUCGGAUUCCAAGGAAUGGUAUACGCUGGUGAAGAAACUGCAUAUGUCAAGCUCUUAUCGGAGUUUUUACACAAGAAGAAGCACCUUGCAGCCGACAAAUGGGGUGCGGAUGAUACUGAUGUCAAGGGUCUGUUCAAACCUGCUGUAGAAUGGUUAGAAGCCAACGCACCUACGAUUAAAGAACGGUAUCCUGCUAAAGGAGGAGUCAACGAUUCGUGGAAUGCGACAGGGCAUCUAUCAAGAUUGGUCAGGAAUAUAUUGUUGAGCGAAGAAAUGGUCAAAGAGUUUGCAGAGUAUUUCAGGGGUAAAAGUACGAAAGAAUUGGAUGAAUUAGCUAAGAGUUUCCAUUUCAGCAAUUGCACUCAACGUACCAGAUUGAACAAGAUCCUUACCGACGACUCGAAGCGAGGGAUUGGCCAGUCGAGCGAAUCCGACGAAAAGUCUUAA